AUUAGUCAAUAGAUAGGAUUGUCCCCGGUGCCAGACCCACGAGUGACAAUAACAGAAAGGCCAUGGCGGGCGAGAGGAAAGGAAGGAUUCGCAUUGAAGAAAAACUUAAAAGAUAUGAGAAGAUUGACUUUCUUGGCGAGGGGCAGUUUGCCACAGUGUACAAGGCUCUGGAUGUGGAGACAAAGCAGAUUGUUGCUGUUAAAAAGAUAAAGCUGGGUAGCCGUGAGGAGGCUCGAGAUGGCAUCAACCGCACUGCCCUGAGAGAAAUAAAGCUCUUGCAGGAAGUUCACCACCCUAACCUGAUUGGUCUCCUAGAUGUGUUUGGCUACAAAUCCAAUGUGUCUUUAGUGUUUGACUUCAUGGACACAGAUUUGGAGGUUAUCAUCAAGGACACAGACAACAUCAUUCUCACCCCAGCCAAUAUUAAGGCAUACACCCUCCAGACCCUCAAAGGCCUUGAAUUUCUACAUCUCCACUGGAUCCUCCACAGAGACCUCAAGCCCAACAACUUACUGGUAAACUCAGAAGGUGUCUUGAAAAUAGGUGACUUUGGGUUGGCACGCUUCUUUGGCUCCCCUAACAGACAGUAUUCCCAUCAGGUGGUAACCAGAUGGUACAGGAGUCCGGAGUUGCUGUUUGGGGCACGGUCAUACGGAACUGGAGUGGACAUGUGGGCAAUAGGUUGCAUUUUGGCAGAGAUGCUAGUGCGAUGUCCCUACUUCCCAGGAGACUCUGACCUUGACCAGCUUACCAGGAUCUUCACAGCACUUGGCACCCCCACUGAUGAAAACUGGAAGGAUAUGACAGAACUUCCAGACUACGUGUCCUUCAAACACUUGGAAGGGUCUCCUUUAAGAGACCUGUUCCCUGCAGCCAGUGAUGACCUGCUCCAGUUGCUGGGCUCCUUACUAACCAUCAAUCCGUCUAAGCGCUGCAACUGUACCCAGGCCCUCAAGAUGAACUACUUUAGCAAUCGACCGGCACCAACACCUGGUCCCAUGCUGCCCCUACCCCCAUCCAUUCGGGACAGGAAAGAACAAGAAAAGCCUUCACUUAAGCGCAAGAUCAUAGAAGAGUCAGGAUUUGGAGGAUCUUUACCAAAGAAACUACAGUUCUAGGGCUCAUGAAGCAUCCAAGGAACUCACCUUUCUUUUCCCCCUGACUCUUAUAUACAAUGCUACUCUACUGAUGUAAAAAUAAUGACAAAAAAUAUUUUUGUACUGUUCUUGUAUAGACUACCCACAUUAAAAUUAUAUAUUAACUUUAA